GCGGCGGCGGGCACAGCCCGGGGCCACCGCGACGAGCCCGAGCGGGAGUGGCGCCGCGCACUCUAGCCCGGCGGGCACCUCGGGGGCGGGCGCGGGGCGCUGCCUUCUGUCCCGGCCGCUCUGACAAGCGCCCCGGGGCCGGGAACCGGGCUGCGCGGCACGGGGUGGGCGCGGACGCGGGCGCUGGGCUCCUGCGGAGACCCGGCCGUCGCGAUGAACAUCGUGGUGGAGUUCUUCGUGGUCACUUUCAAAGUGCUCUGGGCGUUCGUGCUGGCCGCGGCGCGCUGGCUGGUGCGGCCCAAGGAGAAGAGCGUGGCGGGCCAGGUGUGCCUCAUUACGGGCGCCGGCAGCGGCCUGGGUCGCCUCUUCGCGCUCGAGUUCGCCCGGCGCCGGGCGCUGCUGGUGCUCUGGGACAUCAACACGCAGAGCAACGAGGAGACGGCGGGCAUGGUGCGCCACAUCUACCGCGACCUGGAGGCGGCGGACGCCGCGGCGCUGCAAGCUGGCAAUGGUGAGGAAGAAAUUCUGCCACACUGUAACUUGCAGGUUUUUACCUACACCUGUGAUGUGGGAAAGAGAGAGAAUGUCUACCUGACAGCGGAAAGGGUCCGCAAGGAGGUUGGCGAGGUCUCAGUCCUGGUCAAUAAUGCCGGCGUGGUCUCUGGGCAUCACCUGCUGGAGUGUCCUGAUGAGCUAAUCGAGAGAACCAUGAUGGUCAAUUGCCACGCGCACUUCUGGACCACUAAGGCUUUUCUUCCCACCAUGCUGGAGAUUAAUCAUGGUCAUAUUGUGACAGUUGCAAGUUCCUUGGGACUAUUCAGCACGGCUGGAGUUGAGGAUUACUGCGCCAGUAAGUUUGGAGUCGUGGGUUUUCAUGAGUCCCUGAGCCAUGAGUUAAAGGCUGCAGAAAAGGAUGGAAUUAAAACAACGCUGGUUUGCCCUUACCUCGUCGACACCGGCAUGUUCCGAGGCUGCCGUAUCAGGAAAGAAAUUGAGCCUUUUCUGCCCCCUCUGAAGCCCGAUUACUGUGUGAAGCAGGCCAUGAAGGCCAUCCUCACCGACCAGCCCAUGAUCUGUACCCCUCGCCUCAUGUACAUCGUGACUUUCAUGAAGAGCAUCCUGCCUUUCGAAGCAGUCGUGUGCAUGUAUCGGUUCCUAGGAGCGGACAAGUGUAUGUACCCCUUCAUCGCUCAAAGGAAACAAGCCACAAACAAUAACGAAGCAAAAAACGGCAUCUGAGGCUCAUUUUUGUAUGGAAUAUGGAAGACGAUCUACUGGAAGACGACCAAGAUAUCUCAGUCCGACCGACAUCAGCAUGACUGAUGUUCUCUGGAUUCUAAAUCUGCAUCGACUUUCUUUUUUUUUUUUAAUCAACUUUUUAAAAAAUAAUAAUAAAGUGUAAAUUAACAGACUAGAGUACUUGGAAAACGAUCAGCAAAAGUGAGCUUAAGAUGCUGCCAACAGGGUUCUUUCCAGACAAAACCCUAAAACCAGUCAGUCUUUUAGACAAGCGCUGUGUGUCUCCAGGCUACCAUGGUGUUUUUUGUUUGUUUGUUUUUUUGUUUUUUUUUUUUUUGUUUUUGAAUGAGCAGGAUGCCUUGAGACAAUGACAACAGUGUAUUUCAUGUGUUUGGUUUGUCUUAAUUCCCAUAGAGUUUAUUAAUUCUUGUAAUUAAUCUCUAGCCAGUUGGCACUCUUACAACUUCAAGGACUGAUAGUGCUAUAUUUUCUCAUGUUUUCUAAGUUUCAGUUUUGCAAAGCCUAUGUGGCUCUUUCACGAUGUUUGUAUGUACAGCUCUUUUAAAAAGGCAUUGGGAAAUCUCCAUCAAUAUGAAGUAAACGAUGUCUGCUUGUUACAGUAACGGUGAUCAGGUCUCUUUGUUAAAGUCAUAAUGACUAAAGUGUUAGUGGAAUUUUAAACUUUAUUUCUGGAGUUCCCACCGUGGCUCAGUGGUUAACAAACACAACUAGUAUCCAUGAGGACGAGGGUUCAAUCCCUCGCUCAGUGGGUUAAGGAUCUGGCAUUGCCGUGAGCUGUAGUGUAGGUCACAGACGCAGCUCAGAUCCCUCAUUGCUGUGGCUGUGGCAUAGGCCAGCAGCUACAGCUCUGAUUGGACCCCUAACCUGGGAACCUCCAUAUGCUAUGGGAGCGGCUCUAAAAAGAGGGGAAAAAAAAAGGACAAAAAAUAAACUUUAUCUCUGAAAUCUUUCCUUAAGCAUCUAAUCCUCUGGAGAUCUAUAUAUCCAAAAGAAAAGUUCAUACGUUUUUCUACCUAUGAAUUUUGCUGCAUACAGAAAGUGCCCUUUCCUCAGGAAGUUGCUGUGUUUCAUUCUUCGGUUGGACUCUGAUCUAGAAUACAUAGCAGCUCUGCAAAGAAACAGUUUCUAAAGCUGGGAACUUUUGCAUUUAAAAAAUCCCCAUUUUUGUGCCAACUAUGGUCAGCUAGGGGGGAAAAAAAAUCUUCUACUGUGGAGUACGUAUGGAAGGAAGGGUGUAAAGAUUCCUUUGAAAGUUUUAUUCACAUUGUAGAACAGCAAAUGACAUUUUUACAGUAUUUUUUUGUAAAGCAAACUAUUUUGUGCCUUGAAUUUGGUAAAUGUGUAUUAGUGAAGCGUUGUAAAAGUGAACUUCUACCUCUGUAUCUAAAUGUAUACCAUCCACUUGUAAAUGACUAUAAACUAUUAUGUGAUUGCUUUUUUUUUUUUUAGAAUGUCUUGUUUAAAUAGUGACCAAUGUUUAAGGCUAUUAAAAUAAGCCAUCUUUUACUAAUUAAUUGGGAAAUUUUAUAAAGGACUGAUUAAAUGUAAAGACUUAACUUACAUACAAAUGACUGUGUGAUUAUUAGUACCAGCAGUGUUGUAGGGACAGUCAUCAGAACAUGAUGACUUUUCCUCUGUGCCAUAUCACACUUCAAAGAAAAACAUUUGGGAGUUCCCACCGUGGCUCAGCAGAAAUGAAUCUGACUAGUAUCCAUGAGGAUGCACUUUCGAACCCUGGCCUCACUCAGUGGGUUAAGGAUCUGGCGUUGCCAUGAGCUGUGGUGUAGGUCACAGACGUGGCUUGGAUCUGGCCUUGCUGUGGCUGUGGCGUAGGCCGGCAGCUGCAGUUCUGAUUUGACCCAUGGCCUGGAAACUUCCAUAGGCCAGGGGUAUGACCCUAAAAAGACAAAACAAAAAACAAAACAAAAAAGAAAAAUGUCUGAACUGGAUAGUGUUCGGGAACAGACAUUAACAGCCUAGGGUGCUGUUCAUUUCCAAUGUUAUCAUCUUAGAUUAGAUAAGUUACCAGGGGCCUGUUGAUACUGAAAGUGGGAAGAUAAAAUCCGUGACCUGUGACUUGUCUGGCUGCAGCACAGAUCAAAGCUGCCCUGUAUCCACAUACAGAAGAGUCCUGCCUCACUGCUAGUGUCUCCAGUGCUGGCCUUUAAGGAAUAGCUUCAUUCUGUGCUUGAAUUUCUCCUUAUAAAGGAUAACUAAGCCUGAAGCCGUUAUAACACUUGAGGCACCGGCUGCCUCUUAUUUUCCAUUUUGGAUUUUAAGAAGUGCCGCUGACCUUUGAACAACCUGGGAAUAGAGCUCCAACCCUCUGUGUAGUCAAACAUCCAUGUAUAACUUAUAGUCAGCUUUUUGGAUCUGUGAUUCCCCCAAACCCCAAUUUCCCCAUCUGCUGAUCAACCAACCAUGGACUGUGAAUUACUGUAGUUAAUACUACAGUAUUAGAGAAUAUUCAUAUGUAAAUCAAUGGUGCAGUUCAAACCUGUGUUGCUCAAGGGUCCACUGUACUUGGCAGUGGUCUCCUAACAACAUGGGGUAAGGAUAUAUUUUCAGGGGCUACCCAGGUCGGCCCCCAGCCCACUCCAAGCAUCCUACAGAAAUCUGUUCUGCUUUAGCAACCCUCUUAGCAAUCUGAAGACCAAGGCAGUCCUCUUUACAUUUGAUUUUAUUUUUGUGUUGUAAUUUAAACCUAUUUCUCUUCUUGUUACUGCCCUUCUAAGGUUGUUGGUCUCUAAAUUCAAUAAACCAAAUUCAUUUAA